GUGGAACCGCCACGAUCUUCGGACAAGCGCCGUCGGUCGUCGUCGUCGUUGUUGGGGCACGUUGUGGAGUGUCUACCUCCAUGGAGGCAUCUCGUCGACGGAAGAAGAAGCGGAGUCAUGCGGCGAUCACGAUGAUGGAUGUGAUUAAAGCCAACGGAAUGCGUGUCGUUGAGGGUACCAAGUUGAACUUGGUGGCGAAAGGCAUCGACAUCAUUGGGACUGUCGUGCAUGCGAUUGCUCAAAGCACCACGUGCUUGUAUUUGAGCCAGAACAACAUUGCAUCCUUGGACGGUCUCGCCCAAUUCACCCAUCUGAAGGUCCUCAGUCUUGGCGGCAACCUCCUUGCACGAUUCGACGCCUUUGACAAGUUGGCCCCACAUCUGGCAUCCCUCCGAACCCUGCAUCUCUCUGGAAACCCAUUGUGCGACGCACCCAACUACCGCUUCCGUCUCAUUUACGUGUUGCCCAUGGUGCACAUCCUCGACGGCGCCGACGUGACGGCGAAAGAGCGGGAAAUCGCGCCGUUUCUGGUCGCCCAGGACGCCAGUUUGCGCCACGUUGUGUUUGAAAACCACGCGGACAUUUCAAAGUUGGAGUGGAUUGUGUUGCUCAUUCAAAUGCACAAGGAAUUCUACCAAGUCGUGUAUGGCAUCGGCUCGCCCCUUCGAUGCAAUGCCCGUAUGCCACAUCUAGAAAAGAUGGCCGUGGACGUUGCGCUUCUGCUUCGGCUAUGGAAGCAAGCCGACUCUACCACGAACUCUUCUGUCGACCACAGUCUCGUCGAAGGGCAACUGCAGCGAGUGGUCGUGCGUGCCCACCACCACCUGCAGCAACACCCCCUUCGUAAAGCCAAACAACUGUUGCAAAAGUUUGGCAGCCAGCGCCUCAAAGGACUCGAGCCUCCGUCGCCACCGACGUGGGAAGAAGCGUACGCGAGUGUGAUUUCGCUCCAACAGAACACCAUCGCCAAGCUACGGGGCCUCUGCGAACGCAACCGCCGGGACCUUAUCGACGCUCUGAAGUCGCUGCUCAUUCGGGACCCAGGCCACCGACUGCAACAAGCGCGCUUGGACGACGAACAGCGGCGACACGACUUGGCCCUCGAUCGGGAACUACUCCUGCGAGAGUAUCAAGGCCACUCGGGUACGCCCCACAACAACAACGACGUGUGUUUCCACCCGGGGCUGCCCCCCCAGCAACCGGAUCCGGACGGUGAUGCCGUCGCGACUCGACGGCAGCCGUCGAAGUCGAGAUCCGUGCCAAGGGCGGUGCCAACGUACAGUGAUCGACCUACAUCAUCUGCAUCUACACAUCGAAGCAGUGCGACGCCGUUCCCUCGGCACCGACACACACCGCCGCCGCCACCACCGCCUCGAUCACCUGUCUCUGAAGCACCUAGAAGGUCCAGUCGCCUCGGGAAUCAUCGAAUACACGAGAAUUUAAUUGCGAAAGUAGCGCAGCCUGACCAAGGCUAUGUGGCAUGUCCACCGACGAUGGAGGACGAGUCUGUUAUUCCUGGGGUAGCAAGUGCUCAGGGACGCGACUCGAUGGACGGGGCUUUGCAACGGCAGCUGGAGCUAGUGGAGAAGCGUCUGGCGGACUUGAACAUGGGGCAAGACGAAGAGCGCCGCGUUCGACGGGAAGAAACUGCCGCCCUGGAACAAAAGCUGCGCGACAUGCACUACGCUCCCCAUGUCAUCAUCCCCGCAACGACCGACCUCCCCGUGAUGGAUUUGAAUGCGACACCGUGCAAUCACCUACGUCCAAAUUCACACACAGUGUCACAUCCUCACGCGGCCAACGCACCGGCGCAGACGAGUGAAUUGCAUGGCCAGGCAAAUGCAACCGCUUUAGGUGCACACCCAACCACUCACGACCCGCCAUCUGUGCCAUCCACACGCUUAAGCAGGAGACCUGCGACAGCACCCGUAGACGACCGACCAUCACGGGACAGAGCCCCAACAACAACCCGUGGACGUAUCACCCCUGCCCCCGUGGCAUCUGUCCAUGCAACUUCAGCCUCGUCGCCUCGUCGCUGUCCUCCGUUGAUUCCAAGCGGUGCUCCAUUUGCCCCCCCAAGACUUCAACUGUCCAGCUUGAGUUUGUGGCGAUGCAAACUCGGACGACUCUUUCGCGCGUGGAGGCUGUACGUUCAACUUCACCACAACCUGCACUUGCUGCACUUUCAACGCGCCCGCCGCCACGCCCGCCUCAUGCUGGCGCUGUGGCGCCAAUACUGCGAGCGGCAGUUCCACGUCCGCCUCUUUGCCGCGUCUCGUGACCACAACGGACUGGUGCGGUGCUUUCACAAGUGGGCCAACGCCAGUCGCUUCCACGCGAUCACCGCGUUUGCGGCCGGACGUCGGGCACGCGACCGCCUCGUCACCGUCGUCCACGGGUGGAGGCGAUGGAGCCGACAAGCCAAUCGCAUUCGACUUGCCCAAGCCCGCCAACAGCAUCGGCGUGAUUCUAACACGUUGCAUGGCGUGGUGGCUGCGUGGCGACAGCACACCUACAUGCGCUCGGUGCGGCGCAUCCACGAGAAACAGCUGCACCGGGUGCACGCCAAGUUUACCCUGCACAUAGCGUUUCAAGGGUGGCGUCGGUGGUUGGACCUCCACGUCCAGCCUCGCCAGCACCUCGAACGCACCGUCCAAUCGGCGCGGGGGCGGCGGAACGUUCGCGGAGCAUUCCGUGCGUGGAAAGCGCUGGUCGCGGCCACGCGUCGGUUCUGCAAACGAGUGUGUCGGGGUGUGUGGCACCAGUGGCAGCGGCGGAUCGAAGCGAGUCGACACAAGGCCCGGACGACGCGCAAGAUGGACCGGUUCGUGGCCAAGAAGGCCCUUUCGUGGUGGGCAGAUGCAACUCAAGCCAGGAAACACUGUGCGCGCAUGGAAGCCAUCACCAAGCGGCAGUGGAUGGCGCGCCGCCUUCGCCAUGUGUGGCGACACUGGACAACGUACAAAAGCAUGCGGCGCAAGUACGUCCAGGGGUGUCUGAAAGCGUUCAAGCACUGCCGGAUCAAGUUGGAGCGGCGGGUGUGGCACGCGUGGGCCACGGCCACCGCCGCCCACUCGGUCGUUCGAAAGCAGCACAAACGGUCGGCAUUGACGCUAGCGUUUCACUCGUUUCGCGUCGCGGUGCGAAAGCAAAGCGCGCGGCGCCACGUCCUCCGGCGCACCGACCACUUGGUCACGAGGCAAGCCCUGCACUGGGUGCAGCAGUGCAUGACCAGAUGGAGGGUGUAUGCCUUGCAGCGUCGAAAACCCGUCGGACUCUUGCGUUUUGUCCGUGCACAGCAACGCCAUGGGAUGAUGAGUCGACUGUGGUCGUGUUGGCGCCAGCAAUGCUAUCAACGGCUUGAGAAGCGCGUGGAAACCGCCGAGGACGCGGCGACGUACAGCGAAGCCGAGCGGACGCGCGUCGUGUCGGAAAUGCUGCAGCUCAAUGACACGACGAUCCAGCUCGCCGAGCAAGUGGCGACGUGGAAGGACGCGUGCAAGGAAAAGGAUGACGCGGUCCGGGCGUGGCAGCAGUCGUGCCAUGAGAUGGACCGUGCCAAAGCGGCGCUGCAGCAGCAAGUGGAGGCGCUGAAUCAACGAAUGGUCGAGAUGGACCAAGCCAGGCGCGACCAAGACCGGCUGGCUCAAGCCGACACGACGCAGGUCCUCCAGCAACUCGCGGCCGCGGAAGAUUCGAACGAAGGGUUGCGGCGGCAGUUGCGCGACGGCCACGAUGCGUUGCUCCAGGUGCAGCAGCAACUCUUGAAGGAACGCGAGAAACUGCAGCGGCACAGCGACGACAGACGCAAGACGCAGCACCAGUUGGACCUGAAACACGAGGAAGUGACGGCGUUGCAGCAAUCAUUGCAAGCGGUGCAGCAGACACUGGCGAUCGAGCGAGCCGAGCGACGAGAUGCCGCGGCCCGCUGCAAAGACUACGAGACGCGACUGGCCGACACCGUCCGCGCCAUCCACGAGCAUGAAGCGGACAUGGACAGCCAGCUCCGUCAUACUCACGACGUGGCGCUGGACAUGGAGCGGCGAUGGAAAGAGUCCGAGGUGAAGAAUGCCGAGCUGGUCAAGCUGCUGCAGGAAAAGAACAACUGCGUGGCUGCACUCACGAGCCAGGUGCACACCCAUCGGUCGGUCGAGGCGCACCGCGUGAGUGCGUUGCUGGAAGAGGUGCAGGCCAACAUUCAAAAGAACACCCCCCCUCCGGACGUCGACUACCCCCGCUCGUCGCCGUCAGCGGUGGAAAUCGACGACUUGAACACCCACACGGCCAGCAUUCACGACGAUAUCAAGGCGCUGCAGAACCGCAUCAUGCUCCGGCUGCAGCAGUCGCCGGUAGAUGCAGCGGCCCCGCUCAUCCCAUCCUCUCGUAUAAGCAAGCCCCAGGGCAGUGCCCCCAAAGGCAAGCAACGAGGAGGCAAACUACCCACUCAGAAACCACCCGUGUCCAAACCCAAACCAAAGUAGUCGACGUACUUAGUACAUGGCGUCAUGAAGAAUAUUAUUUAUUAUCGAAUGAUAGAUUAUAUAUAUAUACAUAUAUUGGUGUUUCUACGACGGUGCAAACUGGGAUGAUGAUCGAAACGAAGGGCGGGAUUCAAUCACAUUCCAUUCCGACAGAUUCUACACACAUCAUCAUCAUCAUCAUCAUCGCCGUGAAUUGAGUCAAUAGACACGG